CUGGACAUUGACAUGAUGUUUGUCAGCUGACCAGAAAUGAAGUCUGCUGUUAAAUGGAGUUUGUGUCGGUCUAACACUUAGAAAAGACAGCAGCAACAGCGAGGGAGUCUCCGGCAGUGAGCACUAAAAGACUGACUUCAUAUGGGACUUCUGCAUCACUGAGUCGAGAUCCCUGGAUUAUUUUCUCCCAGCUCCAGCACAGAGACAUCUCCAGAGUAUGGAUUCUCAACAAAUACAGCCAGCUUUUUCCUUUGUGGACAAGCACAGGUAGAACUUUCUGCUCAACACAUCUUGCUGCUGUGACUGCCUCAACCUUCUUCUAUCUAUUUCAUCUUUGUUUUGGGAGUAUCCUGGACCCUGUUUAUGAAAAUGGACAGCACAGAGCCCCUGCAGUCGAGUCUCAACUCAUCUUAUCUUCCAACUGCACUUGGCAACCACGUCAUAUCUGAUGAUGAGGACAGCGAGGACCAUAGUCCCUCUGCGUCCCUUAUUCCCAAAAAUUCCCCAGUGCCUCUGGCUGUGCGCUACAGUCCAGAAGACUCGUACUGUUUGGUGUACAUCAUCUUUUUUUUGAUGGGCAUUGGUUCCUUGCUGCCCUGGAACUUCUUCAUAACAGCCAAACCCUACUGGCUCUACAAAUUCAGCAACAACACUGACCACAGCAGCGGUGAGGAGCAAAGUUCGGACCUCAGUAACUACUUUGAAAGUUAUCUGGCCAUUGCCUCCACGGUGCCAUCUGUGGUGUGUCUGAUACUCAACUAUGUCCUUGUUAACAGGUUGUCUCCAAACAUGAGAAUCCUGUCGUCUCUAUUUGUGAUCCUGCUGGUGUUUGUCAUUACCACGGUGCUGGUGAAGGUGGAUGUGUCGGACUGCAGGAUGGGGUUCUUUACUGGAACGCUGGUCAGUGUGGCUGUCGUCAGUGGAGCCUCCAACAUCUUCUCUGGUAGUAUGUUUGGCAUCAGUGGACAAUUUCCCAUGAGGAUCUCUCAGGCUCUCAUAUCAGGUCAGGCUAUGGGAGGAACGCUGAGUGCCGUAGCAUCAAUAGUGGACCUAGCUGCAGCUAAUGAUGUGACAAACAGCGCUCUGGCCUAUUUCCUGACUGCUGACAUCUUCAUUCUGCUCUGCAUCAUCUCAUAUUUGCUGUUGCCGAAGCUGGCAUACUCAAGACACUAUAUGCUGGGAUCAACACACAACAACCCAGGAGUGAUGAGCGAGGGUGGAGGUGCUGCAAGCGCAGUCCCACCACUGCAGCCUAUCCUUCAGAAGACAUGGGUGCUCGGACUGAGUGUCUUCUAUGUCUUCUUUGUCUCCAUCAUGGUGUUCCCAGCAGUAUCCUCGGGGAUCCAGUCCGUCGAAAAGGACAGUGGCAAUCCCUGGACAACCACUUACUUUGUUCCCCUUACCAGCUUCCUCCUAUACAACUUUGCUGACUUUUGUGGCAGGCAGGCCACAGCCUGGCUGCAGGUACCUGGUCCCACCAGUCGAGUCCUGCCAGCACUGGUGCUGUGCCGCUCCAUCAUUGUGCCACUUCUCAUGUUCUGUAACUACCAGCCGAGGGAGCACCUCCACACAGUACUGUUCGGCCAUGAUGUCUAUCCUGUGGUGUUUAACUGCCUGCUAGGUCUCUCUAAUGGCUACCUAGGCACACUGCCAAUGAUCUAUGGCCCAAAAGUGGUACCAAGGGAGCUGGCAGAGGCCACAGGAGUGGUCAUGUCUUUCUUUCUCACUCUGGGACUGGCUGCUGGAUCUGCAUUCUCUGUACUUCUUGUGCACUGUAUCUGACCACGAUGGUGAACGACCAAGUCAUGUACAUUGGUGCACUCAGUGCAUCCUAUGCUGAUGGGUACCAGAACUUCAAAACAAUGUGUUUGCUAUGAGGGAAAGUGGCAAAGAAGCUUCUCAUUUUACACUUGACAAACAAGCCUUAAUUCUUGAAUACCUCACAUUAAAAUGUUAUGUUUACAUUGA